AUGUCGAUGGACGGUAUGUCAAUGGGCUCCAUGGGCCAUAUGAACAUGGGCGAUGGCGUACCGGAUCUUUUCUACCUCCAGAAAAUGUAUUGGGCUGUCGUAGGAAGCGCCAUUGGAGCCGGGGCCGUCGUGAACGGUUUAAAUCGCUUCCUUGCUUUUCAAAGACUUCGAGACUCGACGCUCACACCGUCAAAACCAAAGUCUCUGUUUUUCAACACGUAUGCCACCUUGACGGCAAUUACCCGCGAGGCAAGCUACGCGACGCUGCCUCCGUGGUCACUCGGGGGCCGCACGAUUCAUUUUGCGCCACUGGGCCCGCUAUUUAUAAUUCUGGCUAACCUCAUCGUCGUGCUGGUCUUCUGCUUUUACAAACUCGACACCUUCGACCAAUGGAAAUGGGAGGAUGUCGGCUACCGGACGGGGUUUGUCGCUAUCGCUCAACUGCCCUUGAUCUUCCUGCUGGCGGGAAGACAAAACAUCAUCGGAUUUCUGGUGGGCAUGAGCUAUGAAAGUCUGAACUGGUACCAUCGAUGGAUUUCCCGGACUCUCUGGCUCACGACAACGAUCCACAUGGGUUUCUGGUUUCGCAACUGGGGACGCUAUGAUUAUAUCACCUACCAGCUGAAGAAUGACCCUCUAUCUCAGCGAGGAUUUGCCGCCUGGAUCAUCCUCACCUUUAUCGUUCUUUCGUCCGCUGCACCAGUACGACGUUUGAGCUACGAAUUCUUCGUCCUUCAGCACCUGGUGACCUUUUGCGGAUUCAUCGCUGCCGUGUGGCUCCAUGCGCCCGAGGAAGUCAAGGUCUGGGUGUGGAUUCCUAUCGGAUUAUUGGUGUUUGACCGAGUCGUCCGUUACGUGUGGGCCACCUAUGCCAAUCUUUCCAUCUUCCAUCGAUCGAAGACAGAGAAUGGGCAUGCGCUUUGGGCCAACCGUGCGACCUUCACGCCCUUGCCCGGGAACGUCACUCGCAUUACGAUUGAGAACCCCGGAAUCCGAUGGAAGCCUGGCCAACAUGUUUUCCUGACUUGUCAUUCGGUCGUGCCAUUGCAAAGCCACCCCUUCACUAUCGCCUCCAUCCCCGAAGACAAGAAGAUGGAAUUCCUCGUCCGGGCUGAGAAAGGCGGCACCCGACGAUUCUUUCGUUACGCUUCCAAACACCACCAAAUCCUGGGCUCUACAGAUUCUAAGUCAGAAAAUCGGCCCCGCACCGUAUUUCUCGAUGGUCCAUAUGGUGCAAUCAGGCCUCUCCGCCAGUUCGACAGUGUUGUUUUGCUCGCGGGAGGCAUGGGAAUUACGUUCACGCUGCCAUUCCUACGCGAUCUCAUCGCCGGAUGGAAAACGGAGGGCGCCGAAUCUGCAACGAGGACUCGCUACGCCGUGACCAAGCGCAUUCGAUUCGUUUGGGUUAUCAAAUCACGGGCUCAGCUAAGCUGGUUCGAAACGCAGCUGCAGUCAUUGCUCGCCGAUGCCGAAAACUGCCAAUGUGCCCAGCCUGACCUGGUCCGGGAGCUUGACUUAAGCAUUUACGUGACUUGUGAUGAGAAGCUGGAGCCCCAGCCAGCGGUCGGACCAACGCAAUGCUCGCAGGUUCCGCCUGCACCCACAACCACCACCACCGUCAUAACCAAUGCUGAUUCAAAGGAGAAAUUCCCUGCUAGGACGGAGGAAAAGGACACCAUUUCGAUCAACUCAGUCUCGCAGUCCACGGACUCCGGCUGCCUCCCUGGAGGCGGAUGCUGCUGCACUACUGCCAUUGAGGACGAGGACGAGAUUACCGAGCACAAGUGCAGUUGCUCCGGACACGCUGCGCCGUCUGAGCCUAAACCUCAACCGUCAGGAAAGGACGAUGAGGUGGUGAACGAGGCAGAAAAGCCCAAGACAGAGGUCAAAUACAUUGAAUCCGACUCGAUACGAAACGCUCGGGAGCAUGAGCUGAACGUGUUGGCUGGCCGCCCACAGCCGCGCAAUAUCAUUCGCAAGGUCUUGGAGAAAGCUGAGGGCGAAAGCGCGGUGGUUGUCUGCGGGCCCCAGGGCCUUUCUGACGACGUUUGUCGCAGCGUCGUGUAUUUGAGUGACGAUCGGGCUGUGCAUAAGGGCACCGGAGCACAGGGCAUCUACAUGCAUGUUGAGAAGUUCGGAUGUCUCAGCAGAGGGUCUUCGUUCCGAUCAUCUAAAUCUUCCAAGAGGGGCGCAAGCCCUGGACCUGAAAUUGCCACGACCCCGCACAAACCCUCGCCAACCAACAACAGCGGCAAGAACGACCAGGAGUUCGAGAGUCUCUGGGAACGAGCAGAGCACACAAUCCUACAAAACGAACGGAAGGCCAAAAUAUGGCAAACAGCUCUCGAGAUCCUAGAGGCAGAGCUAGAACUCCCUUCAGAAUCGAAACUAGAGCCUAGCGGAACAGCAGCCCGCAAAAACCAACUACGGGGCUUGAUAGAGCAGAAAACCAAACAGAUCGAAAGCCGAAGAUGGAGUAUUCAGUCCGGUGAUCAUCGCGUUGAAGUACGCGAUCAGUUGAUGCAGAUCGUGAAGAAUAUCCUUAUGGUGAAGGAUAUUGUCAAUACGGCGGCCACAGCCAGUCCACCGGCAGCUAUUGCCUGCGCGGGGGUUACUGUUGUUCUCACGUUUUUCAUCCAGGCAGUGGACCAGCAUGCUAUCCUUCUCCAGGGCUUGGAGACAACCUCGGGCUUGAUCUGUCGGCUUCAUGUCACGGAAAGAUUAUACCGAGACCCAUCGAGCUCGGUAUCUUCUCAGUCGAUAAAUCAAGAGUUCAAGGCAGAGUUCGAAACAGCUCUGACGGAACUGUACGGUCAGAUCCUAGAAUUCCAAGCCCUGGCGCUGUGCUAUCUUCGGAAACCUCUGGUUGUACAGCUCUUUGGGAAUGCAUUCAAACAGGACGGCUGGAAGGCCUUGCUCGAAGAUUUAAAAAGCUCCGAGGAGAACGCAACCAAGUUUACAGGACUGAUUGAUUCUGCGAAGCUCAAGGAGAUCCAAGAUACGCAGAAGAAACAUCUAACUUGGCAGCAGGCAUCGGCGCGAGACGAGAAGGCGAAGAAAUUUUUAUUACUCCUCUAUGUCUGCCAGUAUAAAGACCGCAAAGAUCGGAAUAACGAACACGUUCCUGGUACAUGCGAAUGGUUUACUCACCAUCACCUUUUCGAGCACUGGAAUAGCAACCAGGGUGGCAGCUUGCUAUGGGUGUCUGCGGAUCCGGGCUGUGGGAAAUCAGUCCUAGCCAAAUAUCUAGUGGAUCAUUAUCUCCCAGCGAGGAACCGGACUGUUUGCUAUUUCUUUUUCAAGGACGACUUUUCAGAUCAAAAGACGGCUGCCAAUGCGAUGUGUUCAAUUCUUCGUCAGCUCUUCUUAGCUCAGCCACAGCUAUUAGACGACGCCAUCCUUGAUAUGGUUGAUAAGAACGGAGAACACUUCAUAGCGUCAUUUCCAGAUCUCUGGAUAACCUUCAUCAAAGUUUUGGAGAAUGCUGGGGAGGUUAUCUGCAUUCUCGAUGCCUUGGAUGAAUGCUUGCCUGGCGACAGAGAGGAGCUGCUGGACGCAGCCACAAAGCAUUACAUCAAAGAUUCUAAUGCGAAUUUGAAAUUCCUGAUGACUAGCAGGCCCUAUGAGCACAUACGGCGUAACUUUUACGAACUACAAAGUCGCCUCCCGACGAUUCAUUUGAAAGGCGAGGGCGAGGAAGAAGUCGAGCAAAUCUCUCAUGAAAUAGAUCUGGUAAUUCAGAAACGAGUCGAAAUAAUCAGUCAGCAACAGUCCCUUGAGGCUGGUGAACGGGAAUAUCUUCAACAUCAGCUAAUGGCGACUCCGAACCGCACCUACCUCUGGGUCGACCUCACGCUAGACGUGAUCAAGAACAUGGUUGGAUUCACCCGAGGUAAUGUGCGACGAGCAAUACAGCAAAUCCCAAAGAGCGUCGACGACGCAUACAACAAAAUGCUGGACCGCAUACCGCUUCAUCAAAGGGAAAAGCCAAUGAGCAUCUUGAAUAUUGUCACAGCUGCCAAAAGGCCGCUUACUGUGAAGGAGGUGGCCUUGGCUAUCGCGAUUACAAGCCUGGGAAAAGACGAACGAUCGUGCGAGAACAUCAUCGAAGAGUUGGAGCCAGAGACGCGGUUCCGACACACGAUCAGAGAUCUAUGCGGGCUCUUCGUGGUCAUCAUGGACUCGAGAGUCUUUCUGCUUCAUCAAACCGCAAAGGAGUUUCUAGUGCAGCCAAGUUCAUCCCGUGUUGCAGAGUCAUCAGAGCCAUUGCUUGACAGCACAUGGAAGCAUAUUCUACGACCACUGGAGUCUAACAGACUUCUAGCAGACAUAUGCAUUAGCUACUUACAUUCCUAUGUAAUGGACACUACUUUGAAAGGACUGCUCGAGUAUUCAAGCAACAACUGGAUGCUUCAUUUCAUUGACGCCGGGAUUCAGGAUGGAGAUCCAAUAGUGGAGGUGGCACUUCCACUCUGCGACACAGCAACGAGCUUGCAUAGAAUCUGGACUUCCGAGAACACAUGGUAUCGAUCUUCACUUUCCUGGCCGUCCAGCUCAAUCACCACGGCAUGUCGCUUUGGCAUUGAUGCAGUAGUCCAUCGUCUUGCAGAAGACCCAGGCACGGAUUUGAAUGUUGAAGGAGAAGGUGCUACCCCGCUCUGGUGGGCAGCACAACAGGGCCACAAUAAAGUCGUCAAAUACCUAUUGAAAACCGGGAAAGUCAAGAUAAACACGCAGAAAACAGGAAGCACUACUGCACUCUCUGUAGCGGCAAGCAAGGGCUACGAGGAGGUCGUGAAAACCCUCCUCGCAGCCCCAGACAUAGAUCUCGAUUCCCAGGACAAGAAAGGGCGCACGCCUCUAUCUCUAGCAGCUGAGAACGGACACGUGAAGAUCAUUGAACACCUUAUCGCUACUGCCAACGUCGACAUCAACAGCAAGGAUGGCGAUGGAUGGACUCCCCUGUCCUGGGCCGCGGGAAACGGCCACCUAGCAGCCCUCCAAGCCCUCCUCGCCGAUCCCCGAACCGAGGCUGACUCCAAGAGCGAAUGCCUCUGGACCCCUCUCGCAAAGGCCGCAGCCUACGGUCGCGAAGAUGUAGUCCAGACCCUUCUUGACUGCGGUCCUGAACGAGUCAACCCCGACUCGAGCGACGGUUACGGACGAACCCCUCUUUCUUGGGCUGCGAGGGGCGCCCACAGAUUAGUCGUCAAGUUACUUCUAAAGACUGGUCAGGUCGAUAUGAAUCGAAAAGACGGGGACGGGCGAGCGCCGUUGUCCCAUGCGGCGCAGAACUGCGACGAAGAGAUUGCGGAAAUGCUGUUGAGCGAGACGGCUGAUUUGAAAACUCCUGAUAAUUUGGGAAUGACACCUCUAGAUUGGGCUGUGCAUGACGUGUCGCAGAGAUCUGGGGUGAAGGAACAAAAUAAGAAGUCGUUGGUGAGGUUGCUUGAGAAUACCUUGCGGGUAAGGGCAGAUCAGGCGUGA